GGCCGCACACUGAGCGAUGUCGUAUCGCCUCAUCGAAGCCAGAUUUCAAAUGCUGGACGAGGCCGUGGCCCGCCUCGACAAGUCCAAGCACACAAAGCUCAACGCUUCCGUCGGGCUGCGCGGCUCUGUGCGGAUCAACCCCCACGAUGUCGCGACGUGGAUCAGACCCAGCCAUCCUCGCUCCUCGACGUCCAUAGCGCCGCCGUCUUCUUCUUCUUCGUCCGACAGUAGCAGUCCGGUCACACUCAUCUCGCCGGCUGGACCCAGUUUCAACCAGAGCACCCACGACGUGCACUUGACUCUCCGCCGCAGUACGCUCCUCAGCCGACAAGCCAAGCCUGACGUACACCCGCUCAUCGUCCACCGCGCGCCCGCGUCGCAUGACUGGGGCCAUCCACACGACGAAUACGACGAUGACGACGACGGAUGUCUGGCGCCCGUCGACCCGAAAGAGGCCAAGGUGCAUCGCGUGGCCCAUGAUACAUGGGAGUGCAUCAACACUGAAAUCCAAGCCUCGACAGUCUUGACGCCGGGCCAUCCUAGCCGCCUCGUUAAGUCCGCCACGGCCGCGCGGUCGCAAGGCGCGACCCGGAGUCAUCGGCGUACGGGACACCCUGCCAUCAACUACGAAUCAACAGUGGACGAGAACGAGCAACGAGGUCUUCACAUUGUUCCGGAGGCGGCAACACACUCGUCGUCGUCCGCGGCAGACAACCAACGGCAGCAGCCACACCGACAUGACCCACAUCAACCGGUAGGACGUCCCAUCACGCGCGGUCGACUGGUGAGGCAGCCAUGGAUGCGGCACCCCGACACAUCCCGUCGCAACUGGUUCACCCAUUCAGAUCAACACCACCACCACGGCCCAACGUCCGUGUCCACACAUGGAGAUUCCACGACAACGGCUGGUUCAUCCAAGAACCGGCGCCACCGACCAACGACCGCCUCCCCAGGCCAGAGCUCCUCUGCUUCGCUUCGUCCGCAACCCCCACGGGGCAGCGACGACCCUGCCUACUACUACCUCGAAAUCCGGCUCGAACAUGCCACUUCCUUGGCAGGCUGGACGUUCCGCGUGAUCGUCACCGACACCACGCACCCGUCGCAACCCGCCGCCCUCUUUAACCGCAUGCAGUGCAACGCAUCCAACUGCAUCGUGUUUGACAAAGACCCGCCGAUCCCAUCCACAUGGCCAUCCUCGUCCAAGAAGAAGCAUGUCAAGACAACAGCGACGGAACCCAUCCUGCGCUCCACCAUCUUCGACCCCACGCGAUACUUCGACCAUGUCAGCCAACCCAUCGAUUUGUAUGGCCAUUCGUUGCGUAUUCAAGUCGUGUCCGAGGGACCCGUGCAAAAGACCAUUGUCGACACGAUGGUGCAUUUCACAGACGCCAACAAUGGCGCGGCCUUGUCGGCGGACGAGCUGCUGCAGGUGCUCGGUGGAAGCAAGCCACCACCACUUGUCGUGGACGAUAAAACACCCGAAGAAGCCCCGCCAAGCACCCACGACAACAGCGAGUACAUUUACCGCAAUCACUUUGAAGCGGUCUACGCGACGGACGUGAUGCCUAGCACGUCGGCAAACAAGGUGCACGAAGUCAUGGCGUACGUGCUACAUGUGUUAAUCGUAUCAUUCAGUCGACGGACGAUACUAAUGCUACUUGUUGAAUGGAGCAGGGAGAAGACACCAGCACCGAUUUCGACUGGAACGAUGGCCAACGACGUAGAAGGAAAGAAGCGAGAACUUCAACGCAUGCGUGAGUCAAUGAUGGACGGCAUGCUUCGGGAGCAGCAGCGGCUAUCGUUGCUCCGUUGACAGCAUGAGAUCGUGUAAAUAUAGUAAUUUUUUUUUGUUCGCGCCAGAAUGGUAAAAACUAAUAUACCGGGUAUGUAUCUU